CUUCACUUCAGUCUCGACUUGUCCCUUCUGACUGCACCAUUCUAUCCAGCUCUCCACAGCAUUCUUCUCAUCACUUGACCUUAACCCCUUCUGAUGUCCAGAGUUCCCUUAGAGAAGCAACUGAAGCUCAGCUUGUUCAAAACUGAUACAAGGCUCCCACUGUCCUUAGUUGUCUGAGACACUCCAGCCAUUGACUGUCAGAUCCGUUUUCAGAGUUUCCAAAAGAGGAGACAAGUCUGCGGGGUUUAUUUCAGUAACAGCGCCGGAGAGAUCUGCUCCAUACCUGGGACACAGGCUCACAACCAACAGGCUACUUUUACUGUCAAUUUGUAGAGCUGUGAUAGCCAGAAAACAGACAACAUCCCUCAACUAUGUCCAGCAUCCAUAUUUAUCCCAAGCACGAGAAAUACAGAGGUGAGAAAUACAGAGUGCAUCUACCAUCCCUCACUGCCUUUCCAAAGGAGAGGAAAUCUCUAACAACAGGAACCACCAUGAGUUUGAAAAAACUAAAGUUCUUUAAGUUUAAAGGCUUUGGCAGUUUAACCAACAUCCCACGGAAUCUGUCGCUACGACGAUCUUCAAGCAGUGCCCUUGAUGAGAAGAAGAAACAAUUGGAAGGGAAACACUUGGGCCUCCAGAUUCAUCAGGAGAUAGGACAGGAAACGGUAGAUGAUUUGGAAACUAUACCACGGAGCCCCAGCUAUGCCCAUUCAAGUGAAAUGUACACCUGCAUUGGCACAAUGCCACGCCGAAACUCCAACAGGGUGCAGAAACCAGUCAAAAGUCCCAGUACUUCAGAUGCACAGGCUGGAGGGAGGGGCAGACUGGGACCACUGCCACCAGUGCCAAACAGUGACCAAGGUGAGCCAUCAGGGAAGGGACCUGCACCAUCAGAGUCAGGUGAAGCGGUCACACCAGCUCAGGGAUGUCUGAGUCCCAGUUGUUCACAGCCUGUGUUCUCUGACUCCAAUGCAGCAAUGUCAAAUUCUGCCAAACCCUCGACCGAAUCAGACACACUUCAGAAUAAAAGUGACAGGUCUAUACCAGUUGAAUCACAAGUCAUGGAGACCCAAAGAGGGUUGAGUGCACCAGAAAAUGCCAAUGGCCAGACCAAAACUCUUUCGCCUGAAGAUGGGGCAAGCGAUAGCAAGAGCGAGCUAAUCGAUGACAGUAACUUACAGAACAUGGAUUCCAAGUCGGAAUAUGUCAAGUUUUCAAAAGACAAAUACAUCCUGGAUUCCAGCCCUGAAAAACUGCACAAAGAGUUGGAGGAGGAGCUGAAACUGAGUACCACAGACCUGCGGAGUCACGCCUGGUACCAUGGACGCAUCCCACGGGAGGUUUCUGAGAACCUGGUCCAGAAAAAUGGAGAUUUCCUCAUUCGUGACUCGCUCACAUGUGUUGGUGAUUAUGUGCUGACCUGCCGAUGGAAAAAUGAACCCCUGCAUUUCAAAAUCAACAAGGUGAUGAUCAAACCUAAUGAGACCUACACCCGCAUCCAGUACCUGUUCGAGAGGGAGAGCUUUGACAACAUCCCUGCCCUGGUCAGGUUUUACGUUGGGAACCGCAAACCGGUCUCUGAGCAGAGCGGUGCUGUUAUCCACACUCCAAUCAACCGCACCCUCCCUCUCCGCUACCUGGAGGCCAGCUAUGGACUGUCCAAUGGGAAACAUGGCCUGACCCAUCCAUCAACCAACCAGAAAGGUGGAUACAUCAAGAGGCGCAGCGUGACUAUGACGGACGGUCUCACUUCUGACAAGAUGAUCCGCAGUGACAGCUGUGGCAAUAGUAUUCCAUCACCACAUCACAAGGAAACAGUUAGGAACUUUGCUCUGAGUAUGGACCAAAUCAAGGAUAUUCACCAUGGAAUGUCUCCAGUGAAUGAGAUUCCUCAGACUCCAGAAUACAGCACAAGUUUGAAGCACAAAAGCCAGCUGGGCCGAGUGGAAAGAAUGAUGCCAUCAUCGCCAGUCCUGCGACGGUCUAGUGAGCCACAACUUAGCCCACCUACUGGUAACAAACUGUGUCAGGACCUUAAUAGGGGAGGCCCCUCAGAAGCCUCAAGUGGGCCUCACUGUAACAGCACACAUUCUACCCCAAUGCAUGGCUCCUCACAGUUGGCCCAGAGGAAGGCGUCAGAUAAUUUCAAAGAAGCAGAACACACCCACUACUGUGAGCUACGACCCUCUUCUCCCGUCGACUGGGAGAGGCAGCAGCUAGAGCUGGCCCUUAAACAAAGUCAACUGAUGGCAAAGAGCUAUGUAGAACGGUUGAAAGUUGAGGAAUAUCCCAACAUCUCCAGCUGGCAGUCUGAGACAAACUUUGGGAUCAUGGAGACGGAAACAUUCCUCGGUCAAAUGCCAGUUUUCACGGAAGAGGAGGGGCUGCAGUGUCACUCCUUCACAGCCCCGAUCAUUGAAAUGGUGUCAUCCUUUAAGCCAAAUGGAUAUCAGUCGAUACUUAUUCCUUCAGAGAACAAGCCACUCGAGAUGGCAGUGCUGAAGAAAGUCAAGGAGCUGUUGGCUGAGGAGGAUCCAAAAACUACAGCCAAGCACAUCACAAAAGUAGACUGCACGGUUGCUAGGAUACUGGCUGUUUCUAAGGAACUGCAGAAGCAGAUGGGAGUGAGCUCAGGCCUGGAGUUACUCACUCUUCCCCAUGGGCACCAGCUCCGACUCGACUUAUUGGAACGUUUUAAUACAAUGUCAAUCAUGAUGGCGGUGGAUAUCCUAGGCUGUACUGGUAGCACAGAGGAGCGGGCCGCUCUCCUUCACAAAACUAUACAGCUGGCUGCUGAACUGAAGAGCAAUAUGGGAAAUAUGUUUGGCUUUGCUGCUGUGAUGAAAGCUUUAGAAAUGCCUCAGAUCUCAAGGCUUGAACAGACAUGGAUGAUUCUUCGACAACGACACACUGAGGGGGCAAUUCUUUAUGAAAAGAAACUGAAGCCGUUCAUGAAAAAUAUGAAUGAAGGAAGAGAAGUAUCUCCGCUGACCAACACGACCUUUCCUCAUGUGGUUCCCCUCGUCACUCUGCUUGAACGUAACGUUGUGAAUGCUGACAACAUGGAGGCAUGGGAGAUCAGUGAAAGUGGUGUGGAGGUAGUUAUGUCACAUCUGGAGGCUGCAAGGACAAUUGCACAUCAUGGAGGCCUGUACAGAACAAAUGCUGAAAUGAAACUACAAGGAUUUCAGGAAAAUGAACAAAUUCUUGAAAUCUUCAAAACUGAGUUCCAGAUGCGGUUGCUGUGGGGGAGCCGAGGAGCAGAAGGCAACCAAGUCGAGCGAUAUGAAAAGUUUGAGAAGGUCCUAAGUGCACUUUCAAACAAAUUGGAACCUCCAGUCCGUCACAGUGAAUUGUAGCUUGGAAGGCAAAAGAUAAUUCACAAAGGCUCUUAAAAAGCAGUGUGAGUUUGGUUAAAGGGAGCAAUCGCUGGAGAGGAACUUCCUAGUUUCGUAUUUUCGUUUUAUUUAAAUUUGAUGUUUUAAAAGAAUUGAGUGUGUGAUCGAUAGAGCACUAUCUUGCUAAUGCUACUAGUGAUUCGUCAUGGCUGUGCACAGAAUCACAAAGAAACAGGAAGUGAUGGAAAUGGCAGGGUUUCUUUUAGCUAAUCAUAAGUAUUUCUGACUCAUUCUGGAGGUUAAGGAGUUUUAAAAAUUCCACAAUCUGGCUGAUAAAGUCAGCACUCCACUUUGUACUGAGCUGAACAGAUCACAUGAAUCCAUCAUUUGCUCCUGGGUCUGUGUCAAAUUAGCUCACCUUUCCAAGGGAACACCGAGUGACUGACUACAAAAAUUAUCAGUGAUCAUUAUUUUGGACACAAAAGUCAGCUGUGAUCAUUAUUCAGUGAUAAUUCUUAGAAAAUGGAUCAUCAGAAAAGAUUGGGGUUGACCAUGGUUAGUGGAGGGAAAUAAACUUGAAGGACCAAAUGGACUGCUCUUGAAAGAGCCAGCGUACAUUCAGCAGGCUGCGUGACUCACCUUUGUACUGUUAUGACUUAAGAUGCCCUGAUGCCUUAUAGAGCUGAAUGGGUUGUCAACAUACAGUCUCCAUACUUGUACAUGAACGACUGUAAUGUAGGUGAGGUUAGCUGGUAUCUGUGGAACUGCACCCCAGCAAAAGCCUUCAGGAGGAGGGAAAGAGGUUGGGGUGAAAUAUCGGUUGCAAUGAUCAGAAAAUGAAUCCUAAUUAAAGAUCUCCAAAACAUGACCACAUGCAGGUGAUUAGCACUUUCUCCAGAAAGAAACUAACCAAAAAACACGACCAAUAGACAACAACAUGCAUUUAACUACUGCAUUUAAUGUAAAAUAAUGCUACAUGUGAAAGUGAAAGAAAACUCCUGAGCAACAUGAAUGUUAACUCAAUGCUGAGUUAUCUAGCUUGAGGAGAUAUUGUGAAAAUCAAAGAAAUUAUUAAAAGAUAGAUCAGUAUUCCUAUUGAGUAAGACAAAGGGGGAAAUUAGUGAGUUUCUGUUCGGAAUGUUACUCUUGAAGUGACAAUGUCUGGCUGUCUCAUUGUAAAGUUAUUGUACAGUAAAGUUUUAUUUCUCCACUCUAAGAUAACAUGGGGGUAAAGCAGCAUGUUUAAGAGGGUCAUUUUUGUUUAACCUAUCCUCAUCACUGUAUUGGUGGGAGGGAUUCUUCAUCGAUCAUCAUGCUCUGUGGCUUGUUGAUCAAGAAGUGGCACCGUAAACACCGUGAGCAGAUGUCAAUGAACUUGAGGUGGAUAGUGUAUGAUGGCAUUCUUCUUUGGAGACAGGAAACUUAGGUACAAAGUGCCAUUACCGACUACGUGGUGAGGGCAACUCAGAAGGACAGUGGAUAUACAACCAAGCCAAGUGGCUUACUGAACAAGAACAAAUUAUCUAGCGAGGAACCUGUCAAACAUUUUACUCCUCACACUAUCCAGUGAUGCUUUCACAAAAUAAGCCAGGUUUGGUUGUCGAGAAAGAUGCUUUCUAUUUCAAUGAUCUGUUUGGUGCUCUUUAUCUGGAUUCACUGGAGUGAAGUGUCACAAAUGAAGGGGAACAUGUGGAACUGUACCCUAGCACAAGACAGAAAACUUGGGAGGGGGGAAAAUUGAGUAGCUGUACUUUUAUUAGCUUUCUAUGUGGAAACUAACAUUUUGCAGAGACUCCAAACCAUUCCUCUACAUCGAACUAUCUCAUGCUGAGGAACUAUGAAAUCACUAGCAUCUCAUAAUUUACUUUGGGAUGGAUGAAAGAAAUGCAGAAUUGAGUUUCAAAAAACUAUUAUAGGUGCAUUUGGAGAUAUUAAUUGUGUUAUAAUACAAGUAAACAAGGAAACAUUCUAUAUAUUGAAAGCCAAAGCUGAUGAGCCACAUACAGACCCUGAGUACUGGUCUCGUUACAUAAUAUUUGCUGUAUUUCCAGAACUAGGCUUUUGGAAUGGACAGUGUUUCUGAGACAGCUAUUGUUGAACCUCCAGCCUUACCCAAACCAUAUGCACCAAAAUAAAAACACAAAAUUGUCCACUUUGACACUUAUUAAGUGGAAUGACACAAUAUUACAUGGUUUAAAACACAAAGAUGCAAGAUUUUUUAACCUAAAUUUUAUGUAAAUAACAUCAAUUCUGCACGAAAUCUUCAAUUCCCAGGACUCGAGUGUACUUUACAGGCAGUCAGAAUCCAAAUCAUAUUGCAUUUUUGUCUUUUAGCUCAUUCUACAUGAACCCACAAUUCUUCAGUGUUCUAUUAUUCUGCUUUACAAUUAUAGCACAGUGUAAAUACAGAGAUGUACAUAUAAAUUCUAUGUCCUUGCAUAAAAAACAAAACCCUGUUUGAUGUAGAGUAUAAUCCUGGAUGUUGAUGAAUGUAUUAAUUUGUAUUAAUAGAGUUGUGUAAGGCAAAAUAAGUAAAUGUGUGUGAUUUCUGGAAUUCAAUGGUGCAAAUGAAGUAAUUUUUUAAAUGUACAU